AUGACCCUUCCCCUACUUCUGGCACCAGGAGCAGCUUUGGCCUUGGGUGCCUCCCUGGCAGAGCUGCGCAUAGAGGCUCACUGCCCUUUGUGUAGAGAUUUCCUGCAAAAGCCUGUGACCCUGGAUUGUGGCCAUAACUGCUGUGCCUCAUGCCUGCAGCAGCGCUGGGAGCACCUGCAGGACGAUCUGCCCUGCCCAGUGUGCCUGCAACCCUGGAUGGAUCGUCAGCCCCAGAGAAACACACAGCUGGGAUACAUGAUUGAUUUGGUCCAGCAGCUAACCAACAAGAAUUUGAAGGUCGCAGAGCUGGUGGAAGAGGAGGAAGAAGAGGAGGGAGAUGAAGAGAAGGGCAGAGGUCACUGUGAAAGACACAGGCAGGUCCUGAGUCUGUUCUGCGAGGACGACCUGGAGCUGCUGUGUGGCCAGUGCACUGCCUCCAUUGAACACCAGGCCCAUGUCCUGUCACCCAUGUCAGAAGCUGCUGCUCAUCACAGGCAGAGGCUCAAGAGCUGCCUGGGGCGGCUGGGGAAGCAGCUGGAGGAGGCAGAAACGAUCUUCGAAAACCGGGUGUGGGAGGGACAAGGAUGGAGAGAGAAGGUGGAAAACUGGAGGCGUCAUUUAGUCCAUGAGUCUGAGCACUUGAAGUGUUUCUUGAAAAUAGAGGAAAAUGUUCUUCAGAACAGGUUAUCGAGACAAAUGACAGGAUUUUCCAAGAAGAUCAUUGAUAGGCAAAUCCAGCUGUCAGACAUUGGCUCCACUCUCAAGUCGCUGCUGAGAGACAUCCUUGGUCUGUGGCUGCGGACGGACCUGGCGCUGCUGAGGGGCGCUGAGCACAUGCACAGGCAGUGGCAACUAUGGGGAGGUCUGGAGCUCCCCUCAACCUUUUCCUACCAAUAUGUAGAGCCGGCUCUCCUGUUGCUUCCAUACUAUGCUGGCCUGCACAACCUCAAGCACCAUUUUCAGGUGCGUCUGACCCUGGAUCCUGACACUGCCCACCCCAGUCUCAGAGUCUUCCAAGACCGGAAAACAGUCAGUUUUCACCCCCUUGGCAGAGCAGGUGGACCCACAUCGGCCCCUCGCUCGGCCUUCACCUCCCUAGAAGCCAUCUUGGGCAUGCAGGGCUUUGCACUAAGCCGCGUUGGCGUGUUUCUGGACUAUGACUUGGAAGAAAUUGCCUUUUACAAUUUGGUUAACUGCUCCCACUUCUGCACCCUCAAAGGCAGCUUUAUGGGAAAGCUCCUGCCCUACUUCUGUGUUUCCAACUCUCCUUGGAGUGGCGCCGUCUACCGACUAGAGGACGAACUGCAGCUUCCCCUCCAGGCCCUGCGGAAGGUUGGCAAGAACCUAGAGAAGCAGAGCUGA